AUGUCAACGCCGUCACCAAAUGAUGGAAAUUCUUCAGAAGAAUUUUACAGGGGUGGAAUAAAUCCAAAUAUACCCCAGCCGCCUCAAAUUCAGCAGUAUGUAAGUAGUUUGGGUAUAGCGCAAUCGGCUCCGUCUGCUGGUCAUCCUGUUGCUGCGGGACAACACCAGACCCAGCCACCGCCACCACCUCAAUUUGUACAUUGGACAAAUCCAUUGAUUGGUGGUACUCCUUUUAUGCAACAACAUCAUCCGCAUCCACCCCAGCAAUUGUUCAAUGAUGUAUUAUACAAUUUACAAGCCCAGGCUGCGUAUGCAGCAUCGGUUCCACCGACGCCAGCUCCGCAACAGGAAACUUAUUCGGUCUUAAGGGUGGGUAAUGGUAAUUUUUUGAAAAUAUAUCACUGCCCCGAAACUGCGAUGGGCCCAUUGCCCGGGGAAACUUCGUUCGCUCCCAUUCAUCAUGGUCCCCCGCCACCACCACCACCAUUUAAUCCACAAACUCAGCAGCAACAAGCGGCGGCCUAUCAUCACAUACAACAGCAGCAACAACAACAGCCUGCUAAUGUCCAGCCAGCAAUACAGCAGCAGCAACAACAACAACAUACGCCAUCACAUAUAGCACCAGCUAAUGCUAAUUCUGUCAAUAGUGCACCGCAGAUUUUCAAUAGUUAUGAACUAUUUUCCAGCAAUACCUUCACACAAUUGCCCACUGCAGAAAUGCCACCUGUGUUACUGCUCGGUACAAGCAGUAAUAAUAUAAAUCGCAAUGACCAGCAGCAACAACAACAGCCAAUUGCUUUAACAGAAGAAUUUGUAGAAGCCGUGGAGCUACAAAACCCCACACAGCCAAUGAUGAAGGUACAUAGUAAUAAUAAUAAUACCGUGAUCACUAAUUGUUUGGAUAACCAACCAACAACCACUCCUCUGCUGCAAUAUGAACAGUUUGAAAAUACCCAAACGAUGACCAUGGUGGAAAAUAAUGAAUAUCAAGCCCAACAAAUCGAACAACGUGAACAGCAGGAACAGUCACAUAAUAAUCAUAUAAAUACAAUUACAAAUGAAUUAUCUGAUAAAAUGCCCAUUGAUGCCGCCAAUUUUGUUGCCAUUCAACCUCAGCAACAACAUGUAACCCAAAUCAAUGCUCCCACACAGGUGCAAUCUAAAGAUAAACAUCAUCCAAUUAUCAUCACUCAAUCGCCACUUAAACACCACAAAUCAGAGAUACCACGGCAAGAAGCACCAAAAAAACGCAUCGUUGCUGAGGUCAAGCCAAUGCGUAUGACCUAUUCGGAUGUCUUGAGUAAAAUCAAUAAUCAACACCAAACACAACAAAACGCAUCUAAUUAUGUUGCAAAUAAUCACAACAACAGCAGCAACAACUCACUAAACGGUACAAUUAGAAAUCAACAACAAAAAGCAUCGGCUAAAUCAUCAUCCCCGAGCGAUAAUAGUAAUGCAGGCACAUUUUUGUCAGCUCGUCGUAAUUUGGAAGAAUUUGCUGCUGGUAAUCGUCCUGCGAAGAAAUCUCCUACGCAUGAUAAUAAAGAGAAUUCGCAACAACAACAGCAGCCUAAUAAAAACAACAAUAAUAAGAGAUCAUCAUUAAAUGGUGGAACAACUAUGGCUGGAAAUAAUAGUAAUGGAAAUUUAAAAAACUCAACAAUCCCAUCAGCUAACACAUCUGGACAAAAGAACUCAAUAAAUAAUCUAAAGGCAAGUGGAAAAAAUGGCAACGAUGCCACACAUGGAUCUUCCAAAGGCAACACCACAACCAACAACAAUAAUAAUGGCAACAAUGCCACGGCUUCGACAAAUGUUUAUGCCACCACCAAUAAUACAUACGUCCGCAAGUCAUCCAAAUCUACAAAUUCUUCGUCUUCGUAUAGUGGUGCCGGCGGCGGUACAUCGGGUAACGGUGGACAACAACGAUCACGUUAUCAAAAUAACUCCAAUGCAUCAUAUUCAUAUUCAUCAACGAAACGUAAUCGAAACAAUCUUUCAUAUGGUACCUCCUCAUCGCCCCCCUCAUAUGGUGGCGGCAGCGGCAAUUCGGCCAACAAUCGUAACUAUGAGCUGGCAAAACGUUUUCUCAAGGCCUGGUACACGUUUACAUUGAAGAUAUUGACAUGGCUAUUUAAUUUGGUAUAUGAUAUUGUUGUUGUGGGCUGUAGUGUACUAUACGAUCGAUUGACAUCUGGCUAUGAAUAUUGUAAGAUAUAUGGUUGGCAAUUAUGGAAAGAUUUGAAACAGAAUUCGAAUAAACCAAGUAUUUGGUUUAGAAACGCAUGUCGUCGCUUUGAUACACGCUUUGCGAAGACAAGUAAAUGGGCAUUUUGGCGGCGAUUUUAUAAAAAACGUCCACCGGAUAUCACCAGUGAAGCAACAAAAACCGGUCGUUUGCCACAGACAGGAGAAGAGGCCAUGUAUCAGCUAUUGAAUUGUAAAGGAAAAGAUGCAUAUAGUAUUUUGGGUGUACCGCGCAAUAGCUCACAAGAACAAAUACGCAAACAUUACAAGAAAAUUGCUGUCCUUGUACAUCCUGAUAAAAAUAAACAACCUGGUGCAGAGGAAGCAUUUAAAGUAUUGCAAAGAGCAUUCGAAUUAAUUGCAGAACCGGAAAAUCGUCUAUCGUAUGAUCAAAGUUUAGCCGAAGCUUUACAUGCUGAAAAGGCCUGGACGGAAUUGCAUGAUUUACUAUCGCAGUUACAAACUAAAAUUACGGAAGCUGCUAAUACAAUAAGAUGUAGUACAUGUGGUCUACGCCAUCCCAGAAAAAUAACCGAUCGCCCCCAUUAUGCUGCCCGAGAAUGUGCAUCAUGCAAAAUACGACACUCUGCAAGAGAGGGUGACAUUUGGGCUGAAACUAGCAUGCUUGGUUUGCGUUGGAAAUAUUUGGCAUUAAUGGAGGGUAAAGUUUAUGACAUUACCGAAUGGGCAAAUUGUCAAAAGGGAGCGUUGGCACAUUUGGAACCAAAUUCUCAUAUGGUACAAUAUCGAAUUGUUCGUGGAGCUCAACAGCAACAACAUCAGCAGCAACAGCAAAAACAAUCACAUCACCAACAACAGCAACCAUCGCAGCAUCAUCAACAGCAUGCUGGAUCUCAUUAUGCCGGCGGUGGACCAGCUGGUGGUAAAUUUAAACGUGAUAAUAUACCAACAACUGAGGCAUCUUUGCAUGAGUUCCUCGACAACCUAUACAGUGGUCAAAAUCCCCAGCAACAGAAUUCCUCUGCAUUUGCGGGUUCCGGCCGUCGGCGAAAUCGUCGUUAGUUUAAGUUAUUCUAUUAUAUUUCUUUUUAUUCGUAA